GGUUAAAGGCGGCUUCUUUCCCCGGGACGCUGCUCCCGGCGUCGCACGUUCGCCCCCGCUGUGAUGGCCUCGUCGCCUCUCCUGCCGUUCCUGCCUCUCCUGCUACUGCUGCUGGAGGUCGCCGGUGCGGCGCGGGCAUCCGCGCUGGAAAUACUUCCCGAGGGGGCGGCCCCCUGCAAGGCCGGUGAGCUGUGCCUGCAGGCGCCCCUCCGGAAGUCUGACCCUCCACCGGUCAACGUGAGCCUCUACUAUGAGGCGCUCUGCCCCGGCUGCCGGUACUUCCUGAUCCGAGAGCUAUUCCCGACGUGGCUGAUGACGUGGGAAAUCCUCAAUGUCACGUUGGUGCCCUACGGAAAUGCUCAGGAACAAAACGUCAGUGGCAGGUGGGAGUUCACGUGCCAGCACGGCGAGCAGGAAUGCAAGCUUAACAAGGUGGAGGCCUGCCUGUUGGACCUGCUGGAAAGGUAUGCAGCCUUCCUGACCAUUGUCUGCCUAGAGGAAAUGGAUGACAUGGAGAAAAAUCUGAAGCCGUGCCUGCAGAUCUAUGCUCCAAAGGUGUCCCCUGACUCCAUCAUGGAGUGUGCAAUGGGGGACCGUGGCAUGCAGCUCUUACACAUCAAUGCCCAGCUCACAGGUGCACUGCAACCACCCCACCAGUAUGUGCCCUGGGUCGUCGUCAAUGGGAAACCCAUGAAAGAGGAGGACCAGCUCUUACGCCUCGUCUGCCAGUUGUACCAGGGUAAGAAGCCGGAUGUCUGCCAAGUCAUAGCCAGCUCCCACAAGAAAGUCUGCUUCAAGUGACGUACAGUGCCCCAGGCAGGAGCUGAUGCAGGAAGAAUGAGAUCCCACCUGCCCUCAUUUUUUGAUUCCUGACUCAGCAGCCACUACUUAUCAUCCAGAUAACUUCUACACAUUCCAUGAAGCCCAGACUCCAAAUUCUGCCUCAAGAUCAAGAAUCUUGCCCAAGAAUGGUGCUACUCUGAAACUAGUUUAAUAAACAAUUCUGGAUGUUGUGAUUCAUUUGAU